GAUAAAACGAUCGAGCGAACCGACUCCUAGAUUUGAACGAUGCCAGAUACAAUCAGUGAGCAUAAAAAAGAAGGUAUUUCCGGAAACUGAAACACUUUGCAGAACCGCGAGCCGAGGUGUGAUCUCUCUUUGUCCUCCAGAUCGUUAAAAAUAACUUGUACGAUGCUUGAGAUUUUAUUUUCACAGUUUUGAGUGAAGGAAACGAUCGCGCAUGAUUGAUUCUUUUAGCCGGGCACGUAAAAGGUAAAGACAUAACUUAUUUGGCUGAUGUUUCAGUGCAGAGUGGUGAAUCCAUUUAAAGGAUGAAUGAGACCUGCAACCUCAACAUCACACAAGGCAUCCAAAACCUUCAGUUAGCCACAGCGAUCCCCACCUUCAUCGUCGGGGUUGUGGGGAACAUCUACGUAUUUGUGAUGUUCUGUCGGCGUCCCAGAAAAGACUGGACUUACAUGAUGGUCUACAUCAUGAACAUGGCUAUCGCCGACUGCGUUGUGUUACUGAUGCUGCCCGUCAGGAUUGUGUCCUACUAUGAAGACUCAAGGAAAAUCUCGAAACUAUGGGACCAUUCCAACAAGGAACUGUGUUACGUUCUCGUGUCGAUAUAUUAUGUCAACAUGUACGUUAGUAUCUUCACCAUGACGGCCAUAAGCGUGGUGCGUUAUGUGGCCAUCAAGUAUCCUAUAAGGGCCAGGAGUGUUUUGUCCUGUAAGAAAGCCCUGUUGGUCUGUGUGCUCAUAUGGGUGAUCACCUGCUCUUUAAGUGCUUGUUUUCACUACGUGGAUAAGAACGAAGACAAAACGACCAAUUUUAAGUGCUUUCAGAAGAACAAAGCGAAACCACUUGACAUGAGCUUCGUCCUGGUGUUGGUCAUAGUUGGGUUCCUGUUACCCCUUUUGAUCAUGUUGUAUUGCUCCAGUAAAAUCGUUUAUACCCUCCAGAAGCAGUUAGACGUUGGAUCUCGUUCUGAGAAGAUUCAAUGCAUAUUUAUCAUCACUGCUAAUUUAAUUGUUUUUGUCAUAUGUUUCUUCCCAGUCCACUUUGGGUUUCUUUAUAAGUUCCUUUUGCAAGAGCAUAAAUACAGUUGCGACGCACAGAAUUUUGCGCACAAUUUUGUGCACGUUGCCAUGGGAUUGUCCAUCAUGAACUCCGGUCUGGACUGCUUCAGUUAUUAUUUUGCAAACAAAACGACGUGGAAUAUGUGUGGCUUGAAUAAAACGAAAGACAAUGGCGAUGAAAACGUUGCACUUCAAGAUAGUAAAUAGAAUUUGUAGACGUUGUAAAGGUGCGUUCACAUUAGCAGCGACUUUAUUGCUUGCAUGUUCCCAGGGACGGGCGCUUAGGUUGCUAGUAGGGUUGGGUAUCGUUGAAUUUCAACAAUUCCGAUUCUGAUCAAUUCAGAUUCUUUUCGAUUCCUAACGUCGAUUACAAUUUUGUAAAAGAAAAAGUCGACUAACUUUUCUCUUUUUCUCCUGUCGGUCCCAAAAGUCGCUCUUCAUUUGCAUAAGACUUGAAUAUUCUUCAAUUUAGCUGUGUCGCUGGACACACCUCCUCCGGCUACCAAUCGUAGCCAUCGCUUGUGUCGUCAGAAAUCGCCAGCUCUCCAUUGAAAUCAAUUGGAUGGUGUCACUGCGUGUCGCUUUUAUUGUGAACGGGGAAUUACUCCAUUAAAUUUUGGUGUCAUCAA